AGAAAGAUUGUAAGUAAUUGUAAAGCCUGUAGUCCACAUUCAAGACAGGUAAUUUUUACAGAGUCAGAGAUGACUCAAAUAUUUUGGCAUUCUAUUUCAGCUAUUUUUGUUACAGAAUUUUAUUUCUUUUGAAAAGGUAGUCCCAUUACUACUAACAUGAGUAAAUCGGAGAAUAAUCCAAUGAAAUUGGAGUUUUUCUUUGAAAAAGAAAGUAUAAUAAACUGGGAUAUGUUUUUAUUUGAUUACAACCAAAUGUUACCUAUUUUAGUUUUUAUAAAUUAAUAUUACAAUGAUACUAUAAACAUAAAACCAAAUUUUCUUAUGGUUAUUUUAAAACUAGAACUAUUCAACAGAUAAGAGAAAGUCUUACUCUCCUGGGUUUACCUUAUAUAAUUUAAAUUUUUCUGACAAGGGUUUUGGACAUGUUUCAUUUAUAGAGUUUUACCCUAUUUUCCAAAUCCCUGUAAUUGGGGGGUCAGUAAUAAAUCUCACUUAUGAAAUUUUUUUCACUUAUUAUGACCAAGUAACAAUAACUGCAUUGACAGAGUAUAGUAUAAGCUACUAUGAUGACAAAUAACUACUUUAUUGUAGUUUUGUAAGAUAUGUGAAAGUGCAAUUAUGUCUUAUUUAUAGAUAUUAAAGAGCUUAACUAGUUAUCUAUAUGUAACUAAAUCAAGUCUUUAUUCUUGAGCCCUAAGUAUUUCUUUGCUAUGUCUCUCUAUAUAGUAUACUUCAUCAGUUUAAAAUGCACUUAAGUGGUAUAAAAUGCCUUUUAAUUUAAAGUAUUAUCUUUUGCUUUUGGUUUCCCUCUGUACUUAGGCUGUUAAGCUAGAAUUUUUCUAUUUUCAGCUUAUGCAUGUAAUGUCAUACCAUCAUCUUUUAGAAUUCCUCUAUUAUUCAACAAAAUAAGUUGAUAUUUGGUGGGGAGAUAGUAGUUAGGUGAAUUCUCAAGAGACCAACGCAGCAGCGAAGUGCAGUGGAAAAUGCACAGAGCAACCUCAAGCCAUGUGACAUCUAUGUAUGUGAAUACAUACAUAUUCUCAUGUGUCAUUUCUGCUAUAUAGACUUUUAUCAGCUCUUCUUAUCAAGGUUACUUGUCUUUCAGGGGUGAGGGUUUGGCAUGAGAAGAACAUGUGUUAAAAUCUAGCUUCUGCACUGACCAGUUGUGUGCCUUAGACUGUACACUUAGCCUCUGAGUCUGUUUCCUUAUAAGGAUGUUAGGGAUCCUAUAUUAAAUAGGAUUGUGUCAUUGGUUUUGGUUAUUGGGAAAUAAACAUAUGAAAAUUUGAUUUUAUGUUUAUAAUAUCGUUGUAACAUUGAUUUACAAAAGCUAGAAUGGAUAACAUUUGGUUGUAAUCAAAUAAAAACAUCAUACCUCAGUAUAAUAUACUUGUUUUUCCCAAGGAAAAACUCCAAUUGCAUUGGGUUAUUCUCUCAUAGAUAAUCCCUAUCUUGCAGGUUGGUUAUGAGGCUAUAAUGAAAUAUUUGUUGACAUUUAUACAGUGGAUUCAGUAAGGUGCACAGCUAUGAAAAAUAAAGGGAGGGAACAGUCACACUGAAUUUUAGGAACAAGUAACCUAACUACGAUACUUUUUUACAGUGUGGUUACAAGUUAUACAUAGCACAGGCCAUGUGUACGCACAGUGUCAAAGGCUGCCUGGCUGUGUAUUGAUAUUCUCAUUCAUUCCCUAAGGGAAAAUGCCACUUUGACACAGUCAGUUGUGUCUAAGAAGGGGAUGGUCUGGGCAUGAGAUGCACAGCAUUUUGGAGUCAGGGUUCACGUAAAAGGAAGGUCUUUCAGUGUGGGAAUCUGGUUGAGAUUGGCAAACUCAGUAACAUAAUAGGUUAGGUCUUGAAGCGAGUCUUCGUAAGUAAACUAUUAAUAAGUAGUAAGUGAUUUUUUUGCCCAGAGAAGUAGUCUGUUGUGAUAGAAGAGCUAUUUGUCCAGAGGAGCAAGCUGUCCCGUUGAUAAAUUGGUUUUCAAGCCAUUUUCUGAAUAAACAGUGUUGUUAUUUAUUGGUUUGUAGCCUUAUCCUCCACAGGGUGACCAAUCUUUUCCUGGGUUUUCAGGCAUGGAGGUGGUUCUUGGAUGCAGGACUCUGCAUUUUAAAACAAGGACAACAAAUUACUUAACUAUGUGAUUUUAAAAACCAGGCUUAUUAAUUUUGAGUGCUGACUAAAGGAAAGUAAUUCUUCCUUUAAGAUACGCUGAUGUUUCCCCGUCUUACCUUCAUGACACCAAAAUGUCACAUUUAUAGAUAACCUGAAAAAAAAUUAAGUUCUCUCCUUUGCUGGCCUAAAAGAAAUCAAUUCUUUAAAUAAACCUUUUUUUUUUAACUUACAAAGUUGCAUUUUCUUUCUUUUUUUUUUUUUUUUUAAAGAUCUUAUUUAUUUAUUUGACAGACAGAGAUCACAAGUAGGCAGAGAGGCAGGCAGAGAGAGAAGAGGAAGCAGGCUCCCCACUGAGCAGAGGCCCGAUUCGGGGCUCCAUCCCAGGACCCCAGGAUCAUGACCUGAGCCGAAGGCAGAGGCUUUAACCCACUGAGCCACCCAAGCGCCCCUAAGUAAACCAUUUAAAAGAAAGUAUAGGAAGGAAGGAAGGAGAGAAGGAAGGAAAGGGAAAAAAGAACAAAGAAAGUGUGGUUGGCUGAAUAAUGAUUCCCCUGUCCCACCCCACCCCCAAAGUGGUCAGAUCCUAAUUCCUAGAACCUGUGAAUAUGUUACCUUAUAUGGCAGAAGGAACUUGGCAGAUAUGAUCAAGUUAGGGAUUUUGAGAGGAGGAAAUUACCAUUUAUUAUCGAUAUGGGCCUGAUAUAGUCCCAGAGAUCCUUGUAAGUAGGAGGCUGAAGAUCAGAGAAAGAAGCAAUGUCAUCAUGCACACGGGUAGAAAAGGCUACGUGAUGUGAGAUAAUGAGCGAAGGAAUUUGUUUGCCUCAGAAGGUAAAAAAGGCAAGGAAAGACUCUCCCCUAAAUCCUCCAGAAGGAAACAACCCUGUUAAUACCUUAGUUUUAGCCUCGUAAGAUUCAUUUUGGAUUUCUGACCUCCAGAACUGCAAGAGGAUAAAUUUGUGUUGUUUUAAAUCACUAAAUGUAUGGUAAUUUGUUACAGCAGCAAAAGGAAACUCAUACAGAAUAUCUGGGAAAUGAAUGGCUAUACCAUUCUCCUUUGGUCAUUAUUUCUAGUUGCUUUUAUGAGCAAAGCUUGUCUUACCUAGCAACAGUUGCUAAGUAAGUUAACAAUUUAAUGCUAGAGUCUGGAAGAGAGCCACUGCUUAAAUCUUCCCAAAUCCAGUGCCCAUACCUUAUGUGGCAAAGACUUUCAGAACCAUUCUUUGCCAUUAGGCACAUAAUCACUACCUAAUCAUGGCAAAUCAUUUUAUUCUUACCAGCCUCUAACAUUGUCCUAAAACCCUGAACCUCUAACAGCUUUCUUAAACUUCUAGCUUUUCUUAAAACUUUUUUUUUUCCAUAUCAUAAGAGUACUUUAACUGCACAUAGUGAAAGACAUCUAAAAUUUAAUUAUGAUCAGAAAUCCGAAUUACACAAGCUUUGUUUGCUGUGCUGUUUGUAAUAAAAUAAUUCCACCAGCCCCUUUUGGGGAAACCUUCAAACGGAUCCAUGAAUACAAGCCAUUUAAGACCCGCUUUUACACUCACAAAGAUAUACUGGAUAUCGGGGCAGAUAUCCUGAGUAAAGAAGAGCAAUUUCAAGAGGCAGCACUCAAAGAACUUAUUGCAAAAGCAGAAGCUGACGUAUGGGUUCAGGCUGAUGAACGUCAAAAACAAGCAGUCGAGAAAGCACUUGAGGAAGCAAAUAACCAACACAAAAUUGAUAUUCAGAUUCUGAAAGAAGCACACCAAAAAGAUUUACAGGAAAUGGCAGCCAAAACCAAGAUAGAGGUGCACCAAAACAUGGAAGACACGCUACAGAGAGAACACUUGGCUGCGGAACAACGCAUGGUGCAUAGAAUCCAGAGGAUUAUGAUGGAGUGCCACAGGGAGAAGGUCCAGGCUGUGGAGAAGGCUAGGGCUGAAGAGAGACAGAUGGCCCAAGAAGCAAUGCAGGCCCAGAAAAGAAAAGCCAUGGAGGAAAUUCUGAAUACUGGUAUAACAGCUAUAAAGGAUCAGAGCAAGAAUUUGAACCAAAUGAUAAAAGAAAAAGAACAUGAGAUGAACGUGUACUAUUGUAUGGCUCAGAGACAGAAGCAAGAAGAGGUCCAGGAAGUGCUUCAAGAAGCAGAGAAGACACAUAAGACCACGCUUGGAAAUGUGAUAGAUAAACUCGUUGACACUCAGGGGGAGCUGCUAUCUGUAGCGAAACAACUAGGCAUUAUGACAAACUGGAAAGAUUUCCUGGAGGAGGAAUUACAGGAAACAAGGGAAGCAUUUCAAAAAUACAUCAAUUAUACAUUUCCUAAGCUUUCGCCAGGACAUGCAGAUUUUAUUCUACCAGAAAGAAAGAAAACACCUUCCAGCCUUGUUAUUCAGGAGAAUGAAAAAACUCUCGGAUUAGAAGUCUUUGACUGAAAUUUCACUACAAAAUCCAAUGUUCUAAAGACUAAAUAAAUCAAUUAAA